UUCACUAGCUUGGGAAGAGAAGGCAGGCAGAGAGAGUGCAGCAAACAGAGAUUUUUGUGCAUAUAUAGACGCUGAGAAUCGUUAUAUAAUAUGCACUCAAAACAAACGAAAAAAUGCGCAAAUCGGGCAACAGUUCGAAACUACAAAAUACGAGUCCUGAAAACUAAGCUACUAGCGCCAAAAGCAGAGUAGGUAUUCAGAUAAUUGUGAGGUAGUUUGGAACCCAAAUUCAAGUGCUGCAAAAUUAAACACUUAAUAAGGGCGACAUGGAGAAGGUUUGUCAGUUUUUCCGCAACAACUACGUGCUGGCCAAUUGCGAGGAUGCCAUAUACAAGAAGGCGUUCUCCCUGAAUCUGUCCCACUACCAAAUCUCCGACGUUCCGGACAUCAUCGAGAAGUGCGAGACGCUGAUGAAGCUGUUCCUCAACCAAAACAAGCUAACAAAGAUUCCAUCCUCCAUUGGUAGUUUGAUGCGCCUGCAGGUCCUCACGUUGGACUACAAUAAACUGGACGAAUUUCCGAUCUGCAUCUGUCGUUUGGUCCGGCUAAAGUUUCUCAACAUCAGCUGCAAUAGCAUUAGUAGUUUGCCCCCCGAACUUGGAUAUCUCACCCAGCUGGAGACCUUCUGGUGCAAUAAUACUGGACUCCUGGAGCUGCCCAACGAAAUUCGCAACUGUGAACACCUCGAGACGCUGGGCGUACGAGGAAAUCCCUUGAAGAAGUUGCCCGAUGCCAUAGGCGCUCUGUCCUCCCUUCGUUGGCUCACAGCCGAGGGCUGCGAACUCAGCGAAGUGCCACUCACCAUGGCGUUGCUGGGAAACUUGGUGCAUCUGAAUCUCAAGGGGAAUCGAUUGCGGCGGCUGCCCAGGAUGCUGAUGGCCAUGCGGAAGCUGCGGUUCGCUUUCCUCAACGAAAAUUGUAUUGACGAGAUGCCCACGCGGUCACAACUGGAGGAGCUGCGCACUCUUCACAUGCUCAACUUGUCCAAGAAUCCCAUCAGCCUGCACCGCGAUCUACAGCUAAUGGCUUUGCGUCAGACGAACCUGUAUGUGGAGCUGCCGUCAGAUCCCGCCGAUAUUUGCGAUGGUCUCGCCAGUCGGGCUAGCCUGAACGCCCAGGAACAGCAGGCGGAUCAGGAGCGAGGAGCAGGACAGGAUCUAGACUCCUCCGACUGGGCGAACAGCGUGCGGACCAGCGAACUGGACUCGACGGACGAGAGUACGCUGGAGAACAGCAUCGAGGAUCUGAGUGUCAUGCUGCCGGAAAUGUCGCGCUUUGUCACCACCUUUUGAAUGCAUAAAUCUGUGCCAACGAGGUCUGAUAUUAUGUAGCACACAUAAAUCUGUGGUUUAUUUUCUA